AUGAACGGUGCAGCCAGCGCAAAUGUUCUCAUCGAGGCUGUCUCAACCCAAGAGCUCGAUGAUAUGUACCAGGAUGUCGAUAGUGAAGAGUUUAGCGAGUUUGGAUCGGAUAUAGAUGAGCAGGAGGAAGGUGAGGCGGACAUACCUGCACUCGAGAGGUUGAAUAAGGAGGUUCAAGCUACGUUCUCGGACGAAGACAUCGACGAAAUGAUAGCUUAUUUAAAAGAAGAAGGAAUGAUAUCAUGGAUCAAAGAAUACGUUACUGAGCGAAAAACUCCAGUCUUGAUAUUGCUUGCUGCAUUGGGAGCGCCGAUCCCAUUGAAUGCGCAAAAGGAACCUCACUCGGACCAAAAUAUGCUGCAUAGACUUCUCAAAGUUACGCUAACGAGGAUUUUACGUCGUCGGUCAAAACUAGAACACAUAAAUACUCCGGAAGACAUAGUCGAGCUCAUUAAAAAGAGCAAGAAUAUUAUUGUCCUGACUGGGGCUGGAAUUUCUGUCUCGUGUGGAAUACCCGAUUUUCGCUCGUCUUCUGGGAUUUACGCCCAGAUCAACGAGAGUAACAAUUACGAAUUGGACGAUCCUCAGCAGAUGUUACUCGAAGACCGAGACGUGCUCCUGAGAAAUUAUACCCAAAACAUAGACACGCUAGAAACUGAAGUAGGCGUGACUCGUGUGCUUCAAUGCCAUGGUUCAUUUGCGACCGCUACAUGCAUAGAAUGCAAAACCAAAGUCAACGGCUCGGACCUCAAAGAGGACAUAUUUUCUCAGCGGAUCCCUCUUUGCAAAAUCUGCAACAAACCUGUGGCCCCCGCCAAGGGCAAACCCAAGUCUAAGAAGAAAGACGUUUGGAAUCCCAAGCAGAAGGACGCAGAUGAUGAUAUGGACAUUCCGACCCCACCACUACCAAAAGGCAUCAUGAAGCCUGAUAUCAUCUUUUUCGGAGAGCCUCUCAAUGACGAAUUCGACUAUUGUUUGUUCAAAGAUCGAAAUUCGGUAGACUUGUUGUUAGUCAUUGGAACUUCGUUAAAGGUUGCGCCAGUUUCUGAGAUCCUGACGCAUAUACCACAUUCUGUUCCUCAGGUAUUAAUCAACAAGACGCCCGUCACACAUGUUAACCCUGAUGUUGUGCUUCUUGGGGACGCUGACUGUGUUAUUGAGUACCUCUGUGAUAAACUUACAUGGACUCUACCUGGCGUUGGUUCCUCGAACAAGGCAAAAGUACAGGCAAGACUACCCGGAAUUCCCAUCAAGCCUGUUAAGGCCUACAAUCACGAGCAUGUUUGGGUAUUCCCCGGUGGCGAGGGUGAAAGCUGGGCCCUAAAAGACCCAAUUGUUAAAUCCGUUCCAUCUAUUGUCCCUUCCAGACCAGACAGCGCAACAUCAUCCAUUCGUAAACGUCUGUCGAACGAAAGUCUCCGCCCCGCACUUGAUCGCAAGGACACUGACAGAAGCACGAAGAAGUCAAGACUCAUCUAG